AUCCAACGGGUCGCCGUGAUGGACGCAGUGCAACAACGGGUAAGCUGGGAUCUGGAGGCCUGCGCACAGUCGUCAUCGAUGAUGCCACCAGCAAGUUUGCCAGCCUGGGAUCCUUCAAGAAAACGGCGUCGGCACACAAGGAGCACUGCCUGCACUUGCUUGUGUCUGGGUACCCGGAUGCGUACGUGGAGUUCUUCGAGCUCACAGAGGGCAGCAUCGGCGAGCAGCGUAUCCGCAGCGACAACCAGCUCAUGCUGCUGCUGCGCAGCAACCUCUCGGCAUGCGAAGACUUGAAGCGGGAAGGCAAGCUGUCCGAGGCCGUCGCCAAGCGCAAGCACCUGGCCAAGAUUUUCAGGGAGCACGGCGUUGCUCACCACGCGCAGCAUCACCUUGAGCAGGCAGAGGCACUGGCGGUGCAGUCGGGAGACACCAGUCUGAUUGUGGACACGCGGCGACAGCUGGGCGCCCUCUUUGAGCAGCAAGGCAAACUUGAGGAGUCUGUGCGCAGCUAUCUGUCGCAGCUGGACGUGCUUGAAGCGUCGGCGACCCCGGAUACACAGGACCGCCUCACCACUGCCUGGCGCGAUCUCGCACGCACCUUCCUCGCCCUCGCAAAAAAGCAAGCGCCUGUUGACGGCACCGCGGCGCUGCAGACGGUGCAGAGUGCUGAGCGGUUUGCUGUCAAGGGCGGCGAUCAGGUGCAGCUCGUGCCCAUCUUCUUGGAGGCCGGAGCUAUCCACGAACAGGCCCGCAUCAUCCCGCGCGCCGUCGACUCGAACACGAAGGAGGAUCUGCUGAAGCUGCUCGACUGGUCGUUCAACCGCCAGGCCCUCUGA